CUACCUUCUUGCAUAGUCCGGUGGCUGUCGGGCAUUAUAACGUUGACUACUAGGCGUAUCGUGCUCCGGCCGCGAGCCUGCCCAAUGCUUCGUUCGGUUACCCACAUCUCGUGACUCUGAUACUGACCCAAAUUGCAAGGUUACGGUCAUCCUCCUGGCUCCAUUUAACAUUACCUGCUUAGCUAUGGGCACGUAUAAAGCUCGGUGUGCCAAGGUUCCGACAGGUGCAGCAGGCUGCCUUCCGUCUCUACCUGCACUCCCGACUCUAGCGCAGUAUGGCAUACUUGUUCAUUGCACCUCAUCAGAUCUAGCAGCUCUCCGUACGGUCUCACGCGACCAUCGGCAGUUAGUUGACGACGCGGUCACGAGGCUCUUUCCAUGGAUCGUCGCCUCUCCAGCAGCACCUGCACCGUCCGCAACGACAGUUGCCCAGAUUGGUACAUCCACUGGAAGGGCUGGUCUACCAGUAGAAAACAGUCGUGGUGGCCUGUGUCGUUCGGAUGACAGUGGACAAACACCGAAUCUGUAUUCGACUCGCCAAACUCUUACCACCGAUGCAUCAGUACAACUUAAUUUCACUACGAGUGCACCAAUCUUUAAAAGCGGCACCAACAACUCCAGCAGCAACACAGCCAAUACCAGCGAUCCCUACUCAUCCCUGUGCGAGCUCAUUCUUCGCCACCAUCCCCACCUCGACCACGCUCUCGACCCUUCCACCGCCGCCUUCGAAGGCGAUGGAGGCCAGCUCAACCACGGCGGCGGCUUCGGUCCUCCUCACCAACCCAUGCAUAUGCCAUGCCGACUCCGCCAUGGCAUGUCGGACCUCGCCUCCAUGCCCGAGCUGACCUCCCUUAACGCAAACAUGCUCUGCCUCGUGGACGCCGCAGCAGCACGUGAAGCCGCGCGCCGUGACCUGGAUCAACCUGCGCAUCAGGCCACAGCCUGGCGCUGUGCGGGUGUGACAUUGCGGGAGCCGCUGUCACCGCAGCCACCACUGCGCCGUACAGCACCAGGAGCCGCUACCGGUGCUGCCGAUGCUGCUGCUGAUGCUGCGGGUGGAGCUGCUCCUGCUAGUAACAACAGUCCUCCUGCCGCGGCGGCAGCAUCGUCGGCGACGUGCGAUGGCAGCAACAUGAGCGAUUUGGACUGCGGUGAUGAUUGCGAGGAUGGUGCAGGCAGCGGUGGCGCAGGUGGCGGAAGCCGUGCUGCCGCGCAGGCCGCCCAGCUCUACCGCGCUAGGCUGGCUUGGGUGAAGGAAAUGAACGCGCUGAGACUGUACCACUACCGCCAGAUGCAGCUUGUACGGCUGCGGGAUGUACGGCUGGAGGAGCAGAUCGCUGCUGCCGUACAGCGUCUGCCGCUGCUGCUAGCGCCGCGUCUGACGCAGCUCACCCUCACCGAGGUUCCCUUUAGCACGGAUACCUUUUCAGCGGUUGCGGCUUGCGGCGGCUUGACACGAUUGGUGCUGUCGGCCCGCACUGACGGCGGCCGCGGCGCCGCUGCUGGCGGUGGCAUCUCCUGGUCCCCUUCCAACGCCGCCGGCGGCGCCGCCGCCGCCGCCGCUGCAACCGCCGCCAACCGCCGCGCCGGCGAGCUCUCCUCCGAGCACUUGACCUGUCUCGCGGCCGGUUUGAAGCAGCUCCGGCACCUAGACCUACACGCAAAGAGCUUCGCACCCGAUGCCAACUUCAGCCCGCUAGCGGCGCUGACCCGACUGUCGUACGUACGACUGAAUCAAUCUGCGUCGUACGACAUCAAGUACGGCGGUCGGUUUGAACGCGUGCCUGCGGAUUACUGUCGCCAGGCGCUACUGGGGCCGCUGGAGGGGUUGGAGGGGCUGGCGGGGCUGCCGCAGCUGCACUCGCUGGGGCUUACAGGUCUGGACUGUCCACCGAAGGCGCUGCUGGAGGCGUUUCCGUACGGCGGAGGGCCGUUGCGACAGUUGGCGUUACGUAAGGUGUACCGCAUAACCGGCGGUCAGUUAGAGGCGGUUGGGCGGUUGACGGCGCUCACUGAGUUGCAACUGUCAGCCGACUGGUGCCUUCAUCCCGGCAGCGACUCGCCGGCCCCCCUGCAGCCGCCCGACCUCCUGGCGGCAGUGGGGGACCCCUUGGUGGCGGGCAUGCUGCCGGACCUGAUGGAUGACGUGGAGGUGCAGGGGGAGGAGGACAUGCAGGGGGAGGAAGG